GAAUAAAUAAAUAAAUGAACAAACAACAUGUCUCAGCAUGUCUGUGCAUGUCUCAAAUGUCUGCCAUUCGUUUUUCAACUUUCGACCAGCGCGGUCUCUGUGCUGCGUCAAGAAAAUAAGUUCAGAAGUUGACAACUAACGUAUUUUCGCGGACGAGACAAGAAGUAGUUCAGGAAAGGCGGUGAUAUAGCCCACAAAAAUAUCCAGAUUGAUAUUUUGGCGAAAAAAAAUAUCAAACAAAAAAUAUAUAUACAUAUUUAUAUAUCAGCUUUGAACAUUUUUCUGGUUGUGUGUUUUCUCUACUGUCUGUGGUCUGUGCAGAACCACAGAAUGCACUUACGAAGUUUUACCAAGUUUUUGUAAAUUUUUCAAAGUCCGAGCCGCCAGAAUAAUCGUGAAAGUACAAGUGUCGUGUUUUUUCGGUCGUUUCCUUCUUCCUUCUUGCCGGCAAAACAACAGCAGAACAAACGGUAAACAGCGAAGAGCGAAAAAAACCAGCGUCAGCGCGUCUGUCUCGCUUCCGCGAAAAGGCGAAGAAAAAGCCUAAGGAAAAAUGUAAAGAAACGCCGAGAAUGCCGCCGUGUGUGUAGAGAGCCAUCAAAUGAGAGAUAAACAAUAAAAACAAUUUUUGAUACUUAAAAAUUCUAUACAAUAAAACAAACAAAAAAACUCAGCUCAGGAACAACAAAACAAAAAAGAAACCACAAACUACCGCAAAAAUAGACUGCAAAAAAGGAGAAAAACCAACGAAACACUUUUGGAAAUAUUUUUAUACACGAGAAAAACCCAACUUUUGGGCAUCCUAAAAUUUACAAUAAAAGAAAUGAAAAAUUGUCCAAAAUGCUGCUCCGACGUAGCGGUAAAUAGGACAGAAUAAGCACAGUUAGCGGCAAUCACUCAAUCCGAGGGAGCAAUCACAAAACGAUUCUGAUCGAUCCAAUUGUACAUCCUUAAGCCUCUAUGGCACCACGUCGAAACAGCAAUAUCAGCGGCAAUCCUUCCCAGCAGCAGCAUCCACAGCAGCAGCCACAGCUCCAGCUCUCGCUGGCACAGCAGCAGCAGUCACAGCUCCUCCACUUUUUCACCGAAAGCAGCAGCAACAGCAGCAGCAAUCCUCCAUCCAGCAGCAGCAUGGCGCCCAUGCAACUGAUGCAGGGCUCCAACGUACAGCUGGUGCGCUGCUGCUACCCGAGCGGCGAGUGCCGCAAGCUGGACGCGCUCAUCGCCCUUACGGAGACGUCGUUGGCGGACUGCGUCCGAGUGCUGUGCAACAAUGAGAACUGUGGCGCGGGGCAGUACAUGCACCGCGAAUGCUUUGAAGUGUGGGAGGCGGGCGUUUUGCAAACGCUCAAGGCGAGCGGGCGGGCGCGCAGCUGGUCGGAGCGGCAGAGGGCCCAGCACCUGUGGACGAAGAAGGGCUACGACCUGGUCUACAAGGCGUGCAGCUGCAAGUGCGGUCGCGGACAGCUGCGCAAGGAUCUCGAGUGGUCGGUGCCGGCCUCCAAUGGCGGUCUGGUGUUCCUCAAUGGAAAUGGAAGUGGCGGAGGGCGUGGAUCCAUGAAUGGAAACCUCAGCGAGGACGACGACAAGAAGAAGGCCAAGAAGAAGCGCAAUCGCAAUGGAAACAGCGGAAACUCUGGCUCAGGAGGCGGCAACCAGAAGAACGGAGUGGGAGUGGCUUUGACCCCACUGAGCACCAACAAUAGCAACGGCUACGGCGGAGGCUCCAACGGACUCACCCCGAACCCCAAUGUGGGAGUGAUCGGAUCCGGGCUGCCGCACAACACCAGCAGCAGCAAUGGAAACGGGAACGGCAACAGUGGCGGCUCGGAGGGGAAUGGCUUGCAGCCCAGCGUGGUGGCGACCCUGAGCAACAUCCUGAAUCCGAACAACGUCCUGGGCCUCGAUCUCCGUGCCCGGGCCGGCAGCCUCUCCUCCAGCGGCGCCGGCAGUGGCUCGAGCUCCCCCUCGGCCUCGCAGUCCAGCGCCGACAUCUCGCUCUCGCCGGUGCAGCAGCUCCUCCAGCAGCAGCAGCAGCAGGCCUCGCUCCUCAUGCAACCCCUGGUGGCACCCCCAACUGCGGGCUAUGGCGCUGGCAACAACGCCCUGCUCCUCCAGAACGGUCUCGGGCUCGCCAAGAAUCUGCUGGCCCCCCAGCAGUCGCAUACCCCGGCGCUGCCCGCCCUGGCCAACAUCAGCAACUUCAAGCCUUUGGUCAGCUACGAGCAGCAGCAGUUGGUCCAGCAGCAGAAGAACAAGGAGGUGGAGCUCUACUCGGAGCGUGUGCGCUCGACGUCUGGUUGCAACGGCAUCUUCUCACGUCGCUUGGACUUCUCGGCGUUCAACAAGCUGCCGAAUACGCGUUUGAAUUCUUAUCAAGUCAAGAUCGAGGACGAGGGCAACCAUGGAAACGACGAGACGCGCCUCUUCAUCCUCUCCUCCCUGGCCACGUCGCACAUGAGCCGCGUGUCCUGCAUUCUGUGCGAGGAGCCGCUGCUCGUGUUCGACCGCUAUCCCCUGGUCGAUGGCUCCUUCUUCCUCAGCCCCAAGCAGCAUUCCAGCGGCUGCAUUGAGGUCAAAUACGAGGGACGCACGCUCUACUUGACCUCUGUGUGCAUGAGCUGCCUGGACGGAACCUCCAGCAGUCGCCUCAUCAGCUGCAGAUUCUGCAAGGAGCCCUGGGAUGGCUCGAGCCUGGUUCUGGGCACCAUGUACGCCUACGACAUCUUCGCGGCCAUGCCCUGCUGCGCCGAGCGGUUCAAGUGCAAUAACUGCUUCAAGAUGCUGAUGCAUCCGCAGCAGCGGCUGAGCUUCUACAGCGACUACUCGCACGGGGUGACAUGCCCCUACUGCAACACCCAGGACACGCACUUCGUCAAGCCACUGAGCUUCUGCUACGCCAAGAGCUCCGCGACACGGCUGCCGACGCUCGCAUAACAUGAGGCCCCGUUGGAGUCUCCGGCAGGCACGGCAGCCGCAGCAGCAGCAGCAACAGCCAGUGCCCCAGGUGCUCCAACGGCCUCCUCGACGGCGAAGCAGCCGAUCUUCAACGCGGCCAUCGACUACUCGGCCCCACUGCAGCAGCAGAUCAACCCUGACCUAAUUGGCGCCCAUCCCCAUGCCCAGCAGCACCAACAACAACAACAGCAGCAGCAGCAGCAGCAGGGGAGGCAGCAGCAACAGCAGCCGCCACAGCAGCAGCAACCGCAGCAUCAGACAGCUCCUACCCAUAGAGGCAGCGAGGGAGGGAACUACCGCAUCAACAACUUCCACCAUCAGCCGCAGCAGCAGCAGCAUCAGUCUGCACCAGCUCCCGCUCCAACCGUAGCUCCAGCUCCCGCUGCAGCUCCUCAGAAGGUGAGCAGCUACCAACGCAACAUCAUGUCCGUGAACGAUGUCUUGAGAGAUUACCAGCAGCAACAGCAACAGCAACUGCAGCAGCAGCAGAAACAGCAACAGCAACAGAUGGGGCAUGAUGCAGGCGCCCUCCUUUUGACCAACGGCAACGCAAGCAACAACAACAACCAUUCAAGCCACUCUGGCGUCGGCAGCAGUAUUAGUAACUUAUUAAUUAGCCAUAAUUCGAGCAGCAGCAGCCACAAUCACAUUAACAACAACAACAUCAACAACAGCAACAACGCCCAGAACAACAGCCAGAAGCUGAACGGGGCCUGGGGCCAGACGGACACCAUAUCCGCCCUGUGGGGCUGCAGCAGCAGCAGCGGCUGCUCCUCGGGCAGCGGCUCCCAGCCGUCGCUCAGCCCCACCGCCAGCAGCCACAGCAAGGAGAUGCUGCUGUGGACGGCCCAGACUUCGCCCAGCAGCCAACCUCUCAGGGACAGCGGCAGCUUCAAGGAGCUGCAGCCGCAUGCCGCCUCGCCGACAGCCUCGCUGACCAGCUCCUCGGGAGCCUCAUCCACCUCCGGCUGCUCCACCUCGAAUGGCUGGAGCACCGGCGGCGGUGGCGGCGCCACGCACUACGGCAAGCCCAACAUCUGGGAGCUGCCCGGACAGUCGGGGCAGCGCCUCCAGGCCCACGACAUCUUCACUGAUCUCCUGUCCAACCUGAGCAUCAGCCAGGACAGCGGCAGCCACAGCCACAUCCAGAGUCACAACCACAUCCAGAGUAACAGCCAAAGCAGCCAGGCCAAGGCGGAUGCCUCGGACGUCAGCUCCAACUCGUCCUCCUCCGCGGGGGAGCUCCUGGAGAUGGGCAACAUCUGGCGGCACAGUGUCAGCGGCCUGGGGGGUCGCCAGGCAUCGCAGGCCCACACUUUUCCCCAGAUCUACGAGGAGCCGACAGGAGGCGCCGCUUGCAUGCAGCUCUUCAACGAUUAUCUCAACAUGCACUAGACACGAGUGCGGAGAGGAGCAGAGGAGCAGCGGAUGGAGCAGCGAUUGUUACUCUAGAGAAAUUUAACCCUAGAAAGAGUAAGAACAGAGAGAAUCAGAGAGAAGAAAGGAGCAACAUUUUAUGCGAAAAAAGAAACAAAAUUUCCAAUCAAUUUUUAGAGCAGACUUGAAACGGAAACAAACGUUGAAGUUUGUUUCUGGUUUGCGAAUAGUUUUAGAUCGUCAUUUGAUUUUUAUACACCCACGACACACUCAUUCAUACACCUUUAUACACACACACACACAUACAAUCACUCCUACACUGAGAGAAAACAAUGCAAACUAAAAACAAUUUUUUUGUUA